AUGACUCACUUGGGAAUUCUUUGGUUUUCUUUUCAAACUGACGAAUCCGUUAUCGAAGACGUGAAGGAAGAUGAAGAUGAAGAUGACAAUGACGAUGAUGAGAAGGAUGACGACGCACAAGUUGAUGAAACAUGUAGUUCGAAACAGAGCAGAAGUGAAAAGAACAGGAAAGCAAUGUCGAAAUUCGGUACGGAGCAUGUGACCGGUGUUAGCCGAGUGACCAUCAAAAGAACCAAACACAUACUCUUCCUCAUAUCGAAGCCUGUCUUUAAGAGUCCACAUUUAGAAAACUACAUCAUAUUCGGAGAGGCGAAGAUUGAGGAUUUGAGCUCGCAACUCUAGACACAGGCUGCCUAACAAUUCAGAAUGCCCGAAACGAGAGCGACCUCUCAGAAGACAGAUGCAUCGACGAUAACAGUAGAAGCACGGCCCGAGGAAGAAGACGAAGUGGAUGUGACGGGGGCCAAGGUUCGGGACAUAGAUUUGGUAAUACAGACAGGGGUAUCGAGAAGCAAGGUUGUCAAAACACUCAAGGCUCACGAUGGAGACAUUGUGAGAACGGGAAGAAACUUCUGA